AUGUGCCUCGCGGCGACCAUCGGCGAGUCGGCUGGCCUCAACCUUGCCAGCUUCGCCAGGGCCGCGGGGGAGACCGACGCCAAGGAGGUGCGCGUCGCGGUCGCCGAGGACGGCGCCAAGAUCAACUUCGUGGAGAUCUGGGGUGGCAAGGCCGCGGCAUCGCGCGACGCCGCCCGUCGAGGUUUUCGUGUCGGCCAGCCCUGGGACAUCGAGUACGGCGACGAUCUCAUGAAGCCGAAGGUCCAGCAGCAGCUGAUCGACUUCGUGGAUCACGAGAAGCCAGACUGCCUGGUGCUCGAGCCGACCUGCAGGAUUUGGAAUCACAUGCAGAACCUCGUGUUCAAGGGAGACAAGCAGCGCCUGCGGCGGGCGCGGCUGAAGAAGCUACCGACGCUGAAGUUAGUCGAGAAGCUCUUCGGGAUGCAGUACGAGGGCGGACGCAUGGCUGUCCUGGAGCACCCGUGGCUGGGGCAGUCUUGGAACGAGGGCCCGUGGAAGAGGCUCAGACAACUGCCAGGCGCGGUCGAGUUCCAGACUGACAUGUGCGCGCACGGCCUCACCUGCCCUCAGACCAGGAAGGCAGUCAAGAAGCCUACGAGGAUAUUGGCGACUCACGCACCUUUCGAGAAGCACUGCGGCUUGCGGUGCACAGAGGACCACGACCACGCGGAGCUGAAGGGCUAUGGCAGCAAGGGCAUCUCCUGGAGCCAGGUCUACACCAAGGACUUCAGUCGGCGCAUCGUCGACGCGUUCGAGGAGGUGCACAACAAGAGCUACCAGGCCAUGGCGGCGGACGUCGACGACGAGGACGACGAGGCACCCGAGGAGGAGCCCAUGGGCUCCAGAGCGAUCUCGUUCGGGGAGAAGGCUGGCAUUCUGCCGCUGGAGGUUCGAUCUCACCUUCGACGCCUUCACCAGAACCUCGGGCAUCCCUCGAACGACGACCUGGCCAGGAACCUGAGGCUCAACGGCGCGGACGAUGCUCUCGUCCGCGGCGCCAAGCACCUGCGCUGUGCUACGUGCAACAGGACCAAGCCUGCUGCGGGAUCUCAUCGAGUAUCUCGCCUGUCGCCCGUCGGCGGCUUCAAUGACGAGCUGGGCGUCGACGGCCUCUACCUUCGGAACGCGCACGGGAAGCCCUACCUGUUCCUGUCGCUCGUCGAGGCCUCCACGACGUACCACGUCGCACGCUACCUGAAGAACAGGAAGCCAGCCACCGUGGCUAAGGUCUUCCGAGAGCUGUGGCCUGCUGGACCGCCUAGCGUGGUCAGGCUAGACCCAGACGGCAUGUUCUACACCGAGUUUCAGGAGGCUAUGGACAUGAUGGGGAUCCGCGUCAAGGCCGUGGCGGGCCAGGCGCAGUGGCAGAACGGCCGCACUGAGCGGCGUGGCGGCUGGCUCAAGCUCAUGGUCAACCGCGUCGUCGAACACAAGUCAGUCACGAGCCGCGGUGACCUUGAGACCGCCGUCUGGGAAACCUGCCAGGCCAAGAACGACAUGCGUCGGAUCUGCGGCUUUUCACCGUCGCAAUGGGUGUACGGAUGCUCGCCUACCAUGUCUGCCGACCUGAUCGAUCGGCCCGGCCAGAUUGCAGAGCACAGCAUGCAUCACGUGUCCACGGAGCUCGCCAGGAGGAUGGCUAUCCGCACGGCUGCGCGGACGGCCUUCGUGGAGCUGCAGAAUAGUCAAGCGCUCCGUCGAGCACUCUUGCGGAAGCCGAGGGUCGCCCGCAUCAACUACCAGAACGGUGACCUGGCGUUCUACUGGCGGCUGCGCAAGGGGACGAAGCUCCACGAGUGGCGAGGCCCAGCCGUCGUCAUCGGCCCAGCGGGAGCGUCCAACUUUUGGCUCUCGCAUGGUGCUGGGGCCGUUCAUGUUUCUCACGAGCAGCUCCGACCCGCUGAGGAUGAGGGGAUCUGGUGGCCCGGUCAGGGCGACGAUCCCAACAUCGAGGAGCUGAACGAACUCAUCCGCAAGGUCGAGAAGGAGGACCAGCCAGAGUACGAAGACGACCGAGGGCGGGGACCACGUGAAGCAGAAGAGAAGGCCCAACCUCUACAGCGGAGAGAAGGCCAGGACCUCGGGGACACCCUCGAGGAGCGAGCGAGAGAGUUGGAGCUGGAGAUCGAGGAGAUCGAGAGGGACAAGCGCCCGGCUGACGCUGCCGAGCGCCCGGAGGACGAGCCGCCCCGCAAGCGGCAAGAGGAGGAGUUCAAGAAGCGCCGGGCGGCUUUACAAGCCCGGCAGGGCCAGGUGUUCCGUCCGUUCCAUGUCGGACCGCUUCAGCACCCAGGCGAUCAUCCGGAACAACCCGUUCACUUCGCCAAUUUCAGUUUCAGCCUGAUCGCGAAGCGGAGCUGGAACGCGACUAGGCUGCAACGUCGAGCGCUGGAAAAGGAGAUGCCAUGGAACAUGAUUCCAGCCAGCGGCCGCCCCCUCUAUCGCGAGGCGGCCGAGUUGCAGUGGAAGCAGUGGGAGAACUACGACGCCGUCGAACCGCUCUCAGUCGAGGAAAGUCAGAAGGUAGGUGAGCGAGUCCACCAGAGCCGCAUCUUGACGUCGAGGUUCCUCUACCGGAACAAGAACGCUGGAGUCAAGGACGCGCCGCCCAAGCCGAAGGCUCGGCUGUGCUGUGGUGGCCACAACGACCCGGACCUCACGAUGGGGCUCAGGACCGACGCACCGACCGUGUCGAGGCAUUCGGUGCUCACCUUCCUGGCAGUGGCGGCAGCGUACGAUUUCGAUAUCGUGGCCGGCGACAUCGAGUGUGCCUUCAUGCAGGGCGAGGAGCACGGGCGUGCCGAGGAGCUCUACAUGUCUCAGCCCACGGAGGGCCUGCCGAACAUGGACCCUCGGUGCCUCCUGAAGGUCAAGAAGGGCAUCUUCGGGCUUGCGGAUGCGCCGCGGCUGUGGUGGCGACGUCUGCGUCGGGGCCUGGUAGAGGCGGACUUGAAGGACGAGGAUGGCAAGCCCGUCCUCAUGAUGCAGUCCCGUCUCGACCCGACGGUGUUCCGCGGCUUCAACGCGGACGGCAGGCUGUGUAUCUUGGUCUGCGUACAUGCUGACGAUCUCCUCGUAGCCACGAGGUCGCAGGCCCUACGUCAGGGAGUUCGAGGUCUCUUCAACUUCGGCGAGUGGCGUCACGUGCCUGUGGUGUUCUGCGGGAAGCUGCUGCAGGCGGACCCAGGAGGAGGUUUCCUGCUGGACCAGUCGACCUUCAUCGAGGGCAGGCUCGAGCUGAUCGAGAUCGACAAGGCCCGGAAGCGUGAUCCGAGCCUGGAGUGUAAUGCCCGCGAGAUCGCGGACAAUCGCAGUGCAGUCGGCAGUUUGGGAUGGCCAGCUCGAGAGACGAGACCCGACCUGUCGCGUACGGUAUCUAUGGCCCAGCGCAAGCAGAAUGCCCACUGCAUCCAAGACCUGCUGGACGUCAACAAGGCCAUCGGAGUGCUGCAGAGCUCGGCCAGCGAGAAGUUUCACAUCCCCAAGCUGGACGUGGAGUCCCCGUGGUGCCUGAUAAUCUACCACGACGCUGCAUGGGGAAACGCACUCACCGAGGAUGAGGCCCUACGUCGGAUCGCUCAAGGAGAGAAGGUCCACUCGCAGGCGGGGUACCUGGUCUACCUGUGCGAGCGUGCAGUUGCUGAAGGACGCCCGGGAAAGGCGAUCCUGGUGGAUUGGAGAAGCCACACGCUGCCGCGCGUGGCUAGGAGUACCUUCGCUGCCGAGACUCAGAGUUGUACCGAAGCGUUUGAUUCAGCAGAGUUUGUGCGCGCUGCGAUACUCGAGAUGAUGUAUGCCGGCCUAGACGUGACCAGCCGUGAGAUGCUAGCCAGCAUUCGUAUGCUCCCGAUCACGUGUGUGACGGAUUGCAAGUCGCUGUAUAACACCCUCCAGCGGGACGCCGGUAAGCUCCCGCAGGAGAAGCGCCUGAUCAUGGAUCUGGCUUGGCUGCGUGAGGCCAUGCAGCUGGAGGCUGCCGUGGACCCCCGCGAGAGUAUGAACGUGGCAGAUGCGCCGAUGCGGUGGGUCCCCACAGCUUACAUGUUGGCCGAUGUUCUCACCAAGACGAUGGAUUUGACAGGUCAGUUCUGUCGCUUGGUCUUGGGUUCGCUGCACAUCCCGAGGAAUUUGCCAGGCCCGGACGAGGGCCAGUGA